AUGACACAGAUGGUGACCAGUGGGAAUCAGACUACGGUGACUGAGGUCCUUUUCUCUGUGUUCCCACCUCUGCAUCAAGGUGGGCUCUUGUUCUUUAUUCCCCUGCUUCUCAUCUGUGGAUUUAUCAUAACUGGGAACCUGAUGAUAUUCAUUGCCGUCCAGCUGGACGUGGCCCCGCACACGCCCACGUACUUCUUCAUCAGUGUCCUGUUCAUGCUCUCCAGCCUGGUCAGUGAGCAGAGGACCAUCUCUGUGGCUGGCUGUCUCCUGCAGAUGUACUUCCUGCACUCCCUGGGCAUCACAGAGGGCUGCGUCCUGACGGCAACGGCCAUUGACAGGUACAUCGCUAUCUGCAGUCCUCUCCUUUACCUGACCAUCAUGACUCCCCAGCUUUGUGUCCAGCUAACAGCCGGGUCCUGCCUCCGGGGCUUCCUCCUUGUGCUCCCUGAGAUCGCGUGGAUUGCCACCCUGCCUUUCUGUGGCUCCAGCCAGAUCCGGCAGGUCUUCCGUGACUCCACACCUGUGCUGAGCUUGGCCUGCACAGACACAUCGCUGGUGGUCAUUGUGGACGCCAUCCAUGCAGCGGAGAUCCUGGCCUCCUUCCUGGCCAUCGCCCUGUCCCACGUGCGGAUCAUCUUGGUGAUUCUGGGGACGUCGGCCUUCUCCACCUGUGCUGCCCACCUUGCUGUGUUCCUGCUGUUUUUUGGCAGCGUGUCUCUCACGUAUGUGCGAUUCUCAGCCGCCUACUCUGUGUUUUGGGACACAACAAUUGCUGUCGCCUUUGUCAUCCUCGCUCCCUUCCUCAACCCCAUUAUCUACAGCCUGAGAAACAAGGACAUGAAAGAUGCUAUCGGAAGGCUUUUCUGCCGUCGGAGGAGGGCCGGUGGGGUCGGAGGGUAGACUGGAAGCUGGACUCUGAAAAACCUCCCAGA